UCUUUUAGAGAUCCAUGAUUGAUCAGGGAAUUGCAGACCAAUUGAAGUUGAAAAAUGUCAAAAGUGUGAUAAAUAACGAGCAAGAAAUUCAGAAUGAAUCUGUGCCGACUCUCCGAAUGUCGAGCCUAAGUCUUGAAGAAAAAGAAGAAAACUCCCCGGAGGGUGAUAAUUCAGGAGAUAAAAAUAUACUUGAAUGUAAAGAAGACCAAGAAAUUUUUGAUGAUUCUACAAGUAAUGGUCAUAGUAUUGACUUAAAAAUGACUCAAUCACAGAAAUCAACGAGUCCUGGAAGCUUUUCUCACAAUGUUAGCUUCUGCAAGAAGAAUUCUUCUACAUCCAACAAUGGAGGUAUGAAUGCUAGGCACUCGCUGAACUACAAAUAGUGUAUCUUUCUCUCCUUUGCAGGCAAGAUAUGCAAACCAUUGCUACAAAAAGUAUAGUGGCGAUUUCCAGAAUGAACAUGCUUAUAAGAAUUGUUAUCAAAGAGGAUCAUUGCCUAAUGAUUCAGAGCAUUUUCAAAACCAACUCUAAGCAAGACAAUGGAGACCUGGGAAGAGCCUAAAGAGCCUGAGCUUGACCUUACAAUAUUCAAGACGGAAAAGUGUGCUAUAGAGGGAAAACAUAACCCUAAGCACUGAAAAUAUUACCACUCUGCAAAGGAUCGCAGAAGAGUUAAUACUAAUUAUACUUCAGACUUAUGAAAGUUUGCUGAAACUGGUAGAUGCUUGAAGGGUGAUGACUGCAAGCUCUCUCAUAGCAAUGUUGAGAGGCUCUACCACCCUCAAAAAUACAGGACUAAAUUUUGAGAUACUUUUGGCUAUGAUACAUCAAGAUGUGAUUACGGUAGUUAUUGCUCAUUUGCUCACACAGUUUCUGAAAUCAAAAUUCAGAUGAUUCAUAAAAAGCCCAAGGACGAUGACUUCUACAAGUACUAUUUUAAGACUGAAUGGUGUCCGUUUAGAAAGGACCAUCACAAAGCUGACUGUGUAUAUGCUCAUAACUGGCAGGAUUUCAGGAGAAAUCCUAAACUGUUCAGCUAUUGUAGCACCAAGUGUGAAAAUUGGAAGUCUGCUCGAUACAUCACACAGUACUCUGAAGGGUGUAAAGACAUGGAAAAUUGCAAAUAUAGCCAUGGCUGGAAGGAAGAAGUUUAUCAUCCAAGCGUCUAUAAACGCUCUCCUUGCAAAGAGGCUAGAUGUGCUCAAGUCUUGAGGAAGGAGUGUCCUUACUAUCAUAAUUAAAGAUAUAAAAUCUAAAAACUUUGAGGAUACACCAAGUGAGCCUUUUGCACUCAAACUUGGAAAUAUUAAUCACCAAAAAGAACUAGAAAUUGUUCAACAAAGACAGGAGGAGAUUAGGAUGAUGAGCUCAUAUAGCCAAUAUGGCCAGCCAUAUUACGCACAAUAUCAACAAGUUUAUUGGCAAAGUUCUAUGCCUCCAGCUCCUAUAUCGUAUGAACAAUCUCCGAUGAUAUAUUACCCACCUCAGCAAAAUCAAUAUGCCAUGGCCCAAAAUCAGUACUAUUAUCCUCCUCAAGUUGUUCCUCAGAGUUCUAAACCGACGGUAUCUUGCAAAAGUUCACAAAAUGUUGCUAAAUUGAAGAGGAAAAAUACAGAUUAUUAUCCCAAGAACUGGAAGAAAGAUCUAGUUCCAGAUAAUUCUCUUGGAUCAAAGUCUCCAUCGAUCCCUCAAAAUUAUGGAGGCACGAGCUUUGGGCAAAUUUCAGCCCCUGCUGAUCAUCUAGAGAGUGCCUUGGCCCCCUCUAGCAGGGACAAAAAAUUUGUGGCAGACACAAACAUCAGAAAAUUUACGAUUGAUGAACAGCCGAGUUUUAACUUUUCCAGAUGCGAUUUUCCUGUGAAAAGUCCCGAAGAAGAAAAAUUAGAACAAAGACUUUGCGAACAAUUUCAAAGCAAUCCUAAUUUUAUUGAUUACGAGGACCAAACUGAUCAGCCUUUUGAUGGCUUCGCUACUAGCGAUUACUCAGAAACUCAUCUGUUUGGGCAGUUUCAAGCCCAAGAUGAUGAGUUUUAUGAAGAAGGUGUAUCUUCUUCAGGUCCGAUUCUUAAUCAUCUUUUCCAGGCUGAAAAGCCUGAGGUCUAAAUUAUUCUCCUUUGGAAAAUUAUUCCCAAAGAUUACUAAUGAUGCCUACUUCUUCACGUGAAGGCAAACGGACAUUAGAAAGAUCUAGAGGAAUAUUCAAUGAAAUCAUUAUUAAAUUCGUUCUAAUACAUGUUAAAGUUUGUUAAAUUUUUUUUCAGGACCGACCGGCUUCACAAACUUCUGAGGUUACCUCAAUGGUAACUUGCUAGUGUACCCUCUUACUCCAGAGAAUAUUCUCCUAGGAAAUGAAGCUAAAUAAAAUUUUAUGACUUUUAGCAAGACAAAGCUUCCAAAUUCUUCAAAAUCCCUUCAAUUUCCCUCCUUAUUUCUAACACCAAAAGUAAAAUUUC